AUGGUAACUCUAAGGAGACUGUGUAUAUUACAAAGAACAAACAUUACGGCAGACUGGGUCAGAGAACGCAGUGUCAGAAGUGUACCGAUGGGUCAUUCGCAUCGCGCGUCAAGGUCAUCUUUAAGUGCUGGUACACCAGAUAGUCUCAGUGACAAUGAGAGCUCAUUCAAAUUGUCAACAAGAAAAACUAGUACUCCUUACAGAAGUGUCAUUACACCAAGUGGCAGCCGUCCAUCUAGCCGUCCAGCAUCACGACCGGCAUCAAGGCCAGCAAGUAGACCCAGUAGUAGACCAGCGUCAAGACAAGGUAGUAAACUACCAAGUCGAUAUGGUUCAACUCAAUCAUUAGAUAGUACAGAUGAAUCAGGUACUCCAAGUCGUAUUCCACGAAGAACACUAGGUACAACUGGAACAACACCGACGUCAAGUCGACACAACAGUAUUUCUGGAAGAAAAUUAAUUCCUCCAGUAAACGGGUCAUCAACAUCUCGACCUCGGACUCCCACUGGACUCGUAAGUCCUGCAAGCGGAGUCCCAUCUAGGACACGAACACCUUCCAGUGGUUCAUCGACGCCCUUGCCACCGGCGUCAAAAUUAUCGCGCAAACCUUCAGGAGCUUCAGAUACUUCAGUCUCAGCUCUUCCAGUUUCAUCACGCAAAGGAACCAAACCCACGGCCAUUGAUCAGAGAGCUCCAUUUAGAUUGUAA